AUGUCUUUAACCACGGCACUUCGACCCGUCGCGCUCCCCUUUGGUGCGGGCCAAAGACGGGAUCCCGUGUCAACAACAGACACUGCCCCAAGCCGACCCUUCCAGCAUGAAGUCAGCUACCUCAACCUCCACCGCACCCUUACACGAUACCAACAGUUGAUCCUCCUCACGCCUCCUGCUCCUUCUGCCGUUACCCACAACACCGCCGCAUUAACCCCGCUGCAAAAGCAAGUCCAGGCCGAGUUGUGGUCUCCAUUGCCGUACCACCGCACAAAAUGGCUACACAAUGUCGAGGGAGCCCGCACACUCCUACUACAACUAGAGCGCAAAGCACAGGCUAUUCGUGUGCAGCGGGCUAAAUACGAGGCCAUCAAAGAUCUGGCCGAAAAGAGAAGGAUCAUCAAGGCAUUGCGCGACCGGAUAGAAGAGAUUGGGAGGGAGGUGGAAAUGAUGGGCCCGGAGGAGUGGAAGCCGCCCAUUGUCGAAGAUGGAGGAGAAACCCUUUACGACUUUCUGCAGGCGCAGUCUCCGGCGACAGAGGGUAUAUCAGGGAAGGAGGGAGCGCAGGAUGACCCGCUAACAGAAGGAAAACCCAUCAAGAGCGUGGAGGAGGAACAUCUUAGGGGAGUCGCACCAAAGGACAAGAAUGCAAGGGAAGAACUAUUUGGGUCUUCAAAUCUGCGGCGACGAGGCCAAGGACAAGGCGAAACGAGCAAAACCGAAGCGCAGGCGAGCGGCGUCUCAAAUCUCGCUGGGACAGAGCGGUCACUAUUGGACUCUUCGCGCGUGCACGAAGACAUUACGGCGUCUUUGGUCAAAAUGGCAGCCCAGCUCAAACAGGAGCAGAGGAAGCUUCAAUUCUCUCUGGAACAAGACAAGGGCAUACUAGGGCGGGCGAUGGAAGGACUAGAUGUCAGCCUGAGUGGGAUGGAGGCGGCGAGCAAGAACAUGGCAUUCCUGAAACGCAUGAGCGAGGAAGAAGGCUGGUUGGGACGACUAAAGCUUUACGGCAUGAUCUUUGCGAUGUGGGUGGUGGCGUUUCUGCUGGUGUUUGUGUGUCCCAAGCUGAGGUUUGGCUGA